ACACUCUUGAUCUCUUUCUCUCACGAUGAGUGAGAGUGCUGUGUGGAUCUUCUUACCUCUUGAAGUGGUCGUUGCUGUGGUGUGCUGCCUGGGAAAUGGUCUGGUGAUCUGGGCAGUGAGGGCAGGCAGCUCCCUCAGAAAACCUACAUUCUGCUUCAUCACAGCUCUCGCAGUGGCUGAUUUUCUAGUGGGGUCGGUGGCCAUUCCUCUGGGUGUGCUGGUGGACAUUCGUAUGAAGAUCUCCUUUUAUGGCUGCCUUUUCAUGUGCUGUAAUCGAAUAAUGAUAGAGAUGGCAUCCGUCACCUUACUCCUGGCCAUCACAGUGGACCGCUUUCUCCGUGUGCACAUCCCUCUCACGUAUAAGACUACAGUCACUGUAAAACGCUCCUGGAUCGUGGUCACACUCUGCUGGUUCAUGGCUGCAUUAAUCAGUUUUGUUCCUAUGUUUGGAUGGAACAACUUGGACAACUUGGACAGUGCAGCUCAUUCAAACUCCACCAGCUUUAAAUGCCACUUCUUCACUGUGGUUUCCACUUCAUAUCUAGUAAAACUCCUUUUCUUCAGCUCUUUCCUUCCUGUGUUUGCGAUAGUGACCGGCUUGUACUGUUACAUCUUUCUGACCACUAGAAGGCAGUUAAGAGCUCAAAUCGGUGAUCGCAUAGAGUCCGGCACCAAUUACCUAAAGGAACAGAGACUGGCUGCUUCACUGGCUCUGGUCUAUGUUCUGUUUGCUGUCUGUUGGUUUCCUCUAUUCCUCAUGCACACUGUAAAACUAUAUUAUGGAAAUGAAACAGUGCCCUCUUCUGUUAUGCACGUUGGUGUCCUUCUGUCUCAUGCUAGUUCAGCUGUAAAUCCUGUAGUAUAUUCAUUUAGGAUCCCCAUGAUAAACAAGGCUUUUAGGGAGCUGUGGGUGAGAUUCUUCCACUGUAGAGCACAGCAGCAGAAUGAUCCAAAUAAUGCACAGACAAAUACAGACAACAGCACAAAAACAGCACCACAUAAAAUACAUAAAAAAGCAAAAUCAAGAGCAGUAGACUAGGGGAGGGUAUCGUCUCUGAUUUCUCAGUUCGAUUCAAUUCCGAUUCACAAGGUCCUGGUUUGAUCUAUUUAGGAACAUUUUAGUUACAAUAAAAAUUGUAGUUUGGAUAUGAAAUGUUGUUAUUAUACGAGGAACACUCAAACUUUCAUUAUUAAAAUAUUAGUGUUUAUAUUAUAUAGAUUUAGCUUAGUUAAUUGCGACACUGGCCACUUUACUCAAAUAUUUAUGUGUGGGUAAAACAUAACGUGGUUCCAGAACAUUAAUGAGGCUUCAGAAGCCAUCGUUCAGCAACGCUGUAUGAACAUAUAUACUGACAUUUUAAUUACAUAAAACAUAAACAUAACAUGCUUCAUACAUUUCUUUUUUAUUUGCAAAUAAAAGUGUGAAAUGUACCCACAUACACUAGUUCAGAUGUGAUAGUAUAAUAAGCACAGUGAUAAUAAAAACACAACAAGCUAAAUAAAAAAUGUUAAGAGAUUAAACUUUAUUUAAUUCAAUGGAAAAACCAGCCGGUCUAA